AUGGAGGAAAAUUCGAGUUUGAGUCCAUUACUAGAGAACCAGAAUCAUGAUAUGAACUCUUUUAACUCGGUCACAACAACCUUCUUAUCCAAGCUACCCGAUAAGGUCCAUUCUCUGGUCAUCCACACUGACUCUUCCUUUCACUUUGAUCCUCAUUCCUCCAUAUCCACAACCUUAAGCCAAGGAGAGAAAGAAUACUAUGAAAGACAAUUUGCUACUCUGAAAUCCUUUGAAGAAGUUGACUCGUUAGUAACAUCGGACUCCGUUGAUGAAGAAGAAGUAGAAAAACAGGCUCAACAUGAACGCGCGAUGAAGAUUUCUAACUAUGCAAAUAUAAUAUUAUUGGUGUUGAAGAUUUAUGUGACAAUAAGGACUGGUUCUAUGGCUAUUGCUGCUUCUACAUUGGAUUCUCUGCUUGAUUUCAUGGCUGGUGGCAUACUUUGGUUCACUCACCUUUCAAUGAAGAACAUAAAUAUGUAUAAAUAUCCUAUUGGAAAGUUGAGAAUGCAGCCUGUGGGAAUAAUCAUCUUUGCAGCUGUCAUGGCAACACUUGGCUUUCAGGUGUUAAUGACGGCUGUAGAACAACUGAUAGAAAACAAUCCUUCUGAGAAGAUGUCUUAUGAUCAACUACUAUGGUUAUACUCAAUUAUGAUAUUUGCAACAGUGGUGAAGCUUGCACUAUGGUUUUACUGCAGAACCUCAGGAAACAAGAUUGUUCUUGCUUAUGCAGAUGAUCAUCACUUCGAUGUUGUAACAAACGUGGUUGGACUAGUUGCAGCUGUUCUCGGUGAUAAAUUCUACUGGUGGAUCGAUCCUAUUGGCGCUAUUUUACUUGCAAUCUACACUAUUUUGAAUUGGUCUGGCACUGUUAUGGAAAAUGCAGUUUCGCUAGUGGGAAAAUCUGCGCCUCCUGAAGUUCUGCAGAAGCUGACAUAUCUUGUUGUAAUGCACUCUCGAAUUAAGCGCGUUGAUACUGUUCGCGCUUACUCGUUUGGAGUUCUAUACUUUGUCGAGGUUGACAUUGAGCUGCCGGAGGAUUUACCAUUAAAAGAAGCACAUAUCAUUGGAGAGAGUCUGCAGAUAAAGCUUGAGAAACUUCCGGAAGUUGAGCGGGCGUUUGUCCAUCUUGACUUCGAAUGCGAGCAUAAACCAGAACACUUGGUUCUUAGUAAACUACCAGAUAGUUAA